AUGAGGCUGGACAAUGUAUCCCAGCUGAAAACAGUGUGCGGUGUCCUUGUCUUCACCACAGCAGUGAGCUAUUUCCUUGCUUCUGGAAAACCUCUAACUUCUGAUGGACUAGAUGUUUCAUCAAGCAAUGUGGUAAAAUUGCACGGAGGGGUUUGGGAACAGGAUGACAAUCCCUGGGAGACAGUUCUGGAGCCGAACAUUCUGGUGCCUACAGAAGGAUAUCACCUACAUGCCACUUCCUCAGGGUCCGGGAAAGUCAGGCGCAAGUCCAAGCGAUGUUUGAAGUGCAAAAAUAGAGUCACAAAAAGAGAAGGGUGGAAACCUGAAACUGGGGAAGGAAAGGACUUUGCCCCUGGGGAAGGAACUCUUCAAAAAGGGCAGCGUCUAAAACGAUACAGAAAGAAAAAUGUAAAGAGGAAAGGCAUACAGCCAGGACAACCGGAGGACCUAAAUUCAGGAGAAAUCGGGACAGAAAUCACUUAUUCCAGGAAACGGUCAGGAAAGGUAAGAGUUAACCUGCCAAAAAAAUCAGGACAAAGUCAUUCCUCUAGACCUGCUGAUGAAUCAAAUGUAGAUGAAACCGAAUAUGAUUAUGAGGAUCCCAAAUACAGACGUUCCUCUAGAUUGGGUAAUAAACGCCCAAAAAACCCCUUAUAUGUAAAUGAACCUGACUAUGAUUACCAGUAUCCCGAAUCCAGUUAUUCCAAUAGGCCUGGUAAGAAAGGGCAAAGAAAAGUUUCAUCUGUAGAUGAGCCAGAAUAUGAUUACCAGAACCCUGAAUCCAGUGACAACUCUAGGCCUGCUAUGAAAAGGCAGAAGAAACCCUCAAUUCUAGAUGAAAUUGAAUAUGAUGAUUACCAGGAAGAUGAAUACAAUCAUCCCUCUAGACUUGGGAGUAAGCACUCAACAAAGUUGUCAACUAAUAAAAAUAAACCUCGCAAGAAAAGCCCUAGAGUUCCCACAAACCAGGAAAAAGCUCAAUAUGAGUAUUACCCUGAUAGAUCUCAUAGGAAAAGACCAAGAGAUUCCUCUAACCAAGAUGAAUCUGAAUAUGAGGGAACGCCCGGUGUUCCCUCAGAGCAGGAAGGACAGGAAGAUGAUGGUUUCCCGGACUAUGAUGGCCCCAGAGAUCUCUCAAACCCAGAUGCAUCCGAAGAUGCGGAUUACCCUGAAUCUGAAGAAUCUGCUGGCAAAGACGCAAGAAAUCUCUCUUCAGCUGAAAUACACACAGGAAAAAAGAAACGUCUCAAGAAAAGCGGUAGAGCUCCCUCAAAGCCAGACCAACCUGAAUAUGAGGAUGAUCCUGAAAGAACUCGUAGGAAAAGCCCUAGAGAUUCCUCUAACCAAGAUGAAUCCGAAUAUGAGGAUUACCUUGACUCCGAUGAAGUUGAAGAAAAACACCCAAGCGAUCCUUUCUCAAGUAAAAAGCUAAAGCGUAAAGAAAAACCUCGCAAGAAGGGUCCCGAAGGUUCCCCAUACCCAAAUGGACCUAACAAUGAGGAUAGCUCUGACCUAGACGCACUCAAAGAUGAGGAUUACCUUGAAUCUGAAGAAUCUCCUGGGAAAGACCAAAGAGAUCCCUUUUCAACUAAAAAACGCCCAGGUAAAGAGAAACCACUCAAGAAAGGUCCCAAAGGUUACUCAGACCCAAAUAAAUUCAACAAUGAGGAUAUCUAUGACCCAGAGGCACCCAAAGAUGAGGAUUACCUUGAAUCUGAAGAAUCUCCUGAGAAAGACCAAAGAAAUCCCUCUUCGACUAAAAAACGCCCAGGUAAAGAGAAACCACUCAAGAAAGGUCCCGAAGGUUCCUCAGACCCAAAUGAACCAAACAAUGAGGAUAUCUAUGACCCAGAGGCACCCAAAGAUGAGGAUUACCUUGAAUCUGAAGAAUCUCCUGGGAAAGACCAAAGAAAUCCCUCUUUGACUAAAAAACGCCCAGGUAAAGAGAAACCACUCAAGAAAGGUCCCAAAGGUUCCUCAGACCCAAAUGAACCCAACAAUGAGGAUAUCUAUGACCCAGAGGCACCCAAAGAUGAGGAUUACCUUGAAUCUGAAGAAUCUCCUGAGAAAGACCAAAGAAAUCCCUCUUCGACUAAAAAACGCCCAGGUAAAGAGAAACCACUCAAGAAAGGUCCCGAAGGUUCCUCAGACCCAAAUGAACCAAACAAUGAGGAUAUCUAUGACCCAGAGGCACCCAAAGAUGAGGAUUACCUUGAAUCUGAAGAAUCUCCUGGGAAAGACCAAAGAAAUCCCUCUUUGACUAAAAAACGCCCAGGUAAAGAGAAACCACUCAAGAAAGGUCCCGAAGGUUCCUCAGACCCAAAUGAACCCAACAAUGAGGAUAUCUAUGACCCAGGUGCAUCUGGAGAACAAGGCCCUAAACAUCCCUCCUCAAUGAAAUACCCCAAAAAUAAAAACAAACCACGUAAGGGAGCACCCGGUGAUUUCUCAGAGCCAGAAGGACAGGAAGAUGAUAGUUUCUCUGACUCUGAUGGGCCCGGAUAUCCCUCAAACCCAGAGGCACCCAAAGAUGAGGAUUACCUUGAAUCUGAAGAAUCUCCUGAGAAAGACCAAAGAAAUCCCAGUUCGACUAAAAAACGCCCAGGUAAAGAGAAACCACUCAAGAAAGGUCCCGAAGGUUCCUCAGACCCAAAUGAACCAAACAAUGAGGAUAUCUAUGACCCAGACGCACCCGAAGAUGAGGAUUACCUUGAAUCUGAAGAAUCUCCUGAGAAAGACCAAAGAAAUCCCUCUUCGACUAAAAAACGCCCAGGUAAAGAGAAACCACUCAAGAAAGGUCCCGAAGGUUCCUCAGACCCAAAUGAACCAAACAAUGAGGAUAUCUAUGACCCAGAGGCACCCAAAGAUGAGGAUUACCUUGAAUCUGAAGAAUCUCCUGGGAAAGACCAAAGAAAUCCCUCUUUGACUAAAAAACGCCCAGGUAAAGAGAAACCACUCAAGAAAGGUCCCGAAGGUUCCUCAGACCCAAAUGAACCCAACAAUGAGGAUAUCUAUGACCCAGAGGCACCCAAAGAUGAGGAUUACCUUGAAUCUGAAGAAUCUCCUGAGAAAGACCAAAGAAAUCCCUCUUCGACUAAAAAACGCCCAGGUAAAGAGAAACCACUCAAGAAAGGUCCCGAAGGUUCCUCAGACCCAAAUGAACCAAACAAUGAGGAUAUCUAUGACCCAGAGGCACCCAAAGAUGAGGAUUACCUUGAAUCUGAAGAAUCUCCUGAGAAAGACCAAAGAAAUCCCUCUUCGACUAAAAAACGCCCAGGUAAAGAGAAACCACUCAAGAAAGGUCCCGAAGGUUCCUCAGACCCAAAUGAACCAAACAAUGAGGAUAUCUAUGACCCAGGUGCAUCUGGAGAGCAAGGCCCAAGACAUCCCUCCUCAAUGAAAUACCCCAAAAAUAAAAACAAACCACGUAAGCGAGCGCCCGGUGAUUUCUCAGAGCCAGAAGGACAGGAAGAUGAUAGUUUCUCUGACUCUGAUGGGCCCGGAUAUCCCUCAAACCCAGAGGCACCCAAAGAUGAGGAUUACCUUGAAUCUGAAGAAUCUCCUGGGAAAGACCAAAGAAAUCCCUCUUUGACUAAAAAACGCCCAGGUAAAGAGAAACCACUCAAGAAAGGUCCCGAAGGUUCCUCAGACCCAAAUGAACCCAACAAUGAGGAUAUCUAUGACCCAGAGGCACCCAAAGAUGAGGAUUACCUUGAAUCUGAAGAAUCUCCUGAGAAAGACCAAAGAAAUCCCAGUUUGACUAAAAAACGCCCAGGUAAAGAGAAACCACUCAAGAAAGGUCCCGAAGGUUCCUCAGACCCAAAUGAACCAAACAAUGAGGAUAUCUAUGACCCAGAGGCACCCAAAGAUGAGGAUUACCUUGAAUCUGAAGAAUCUCCUGGGAAAGACCAAAGAAAUCCCUCUUUGACUAAAAAACGCCCAGGUAAAGAGAAACCACUCAAGAAAGGUCCCGAAGGUUCCUCAGACCCAAAUGAACCCAACAAUGAGGAUAUCUAUGACCCAGAGGCACCCAAAGAUGAGGAUUACCUUGAAUCUGAAGAAUCUCCUGGGAAAGACCAAAGAAAUCCCUCUUUGACUAAAAAACGCCCAGGUAAAGAGAAACCACUCAAGAAAGGUCCCGAAGGUUCCUCAGACCCAAAUGAACCCAACAAUGAGGAUAUCUAUGACCCAGAGGCACUCAAAGAUGAGGAUUACCUUGAAUCUGAAGAAUCUCCUGAGAAAGACCAAAGAAAUCCCAGUUCGACUAAAAAACGCCCAGGUAAAGAGAAACCACUCAAGAAAGGUCCCGAAGGUUCCUCAGACCCAAAUGAACCCAACAAUGAGGAUAUCUAUGACCCAGAGGCACCCAAAGAUGAGGAUUACCUUGAAUCUGAAGAAUCUCCUGGGAAAGACCAAAGAAAUCCCUCUUUGACUAAAAAACGCCCAGGUAAAGAGAAACCACUCAAGAAAGGUCCCGAAGGUUCCUCAGACCCAAAUGAACCCAACAAUGAGGAUAUCUAUGACCCAGAGGCACCCAAAGAUGAGGAUUACCUUGAAUCUGAAGAAUCUCCUGAGAAAGACCAAAGAAAUCCCAGUUCGACUAAAAAACGCCCAGGUAAAGAGAAACCACUCAAGAAAGGUCCCGAAGGUUCCUCAGACCCAAAUGAACCCAACAAUGAGGAUAUCUAUGACCCAGAGGCACCCAAAGAUGAGGAUUACCUUGAAUCUGAAGAAUCUCCUGAGAAAGACCAAAGAAAUCCCAGUUCGACUAAAAAACGCCCAGGUAAAGAGAAACCACUCAAGAAAGGUCCCGAAGGUUCCUCAGACCCAAAUGAACCCAACAAUGAGGAUAUCUAUGACCCAGGUGCAUCUGGAGAGCAAGGCCCAAGACAUCCCUCCUCAAUGAAAUACCCCAAAAAUAAAAACAAACCACGUAAGGGAGCGCCCGGUGAUUUCUCAGAGCCAGAAGGACAGGAAGAUGAUAGUUUCUCUGACUCUGAUGGGCCCGGAUAUCCCUCAAACCCAGAGGCACCCAAAGAUGAGGAUUACCUUGAAUCUGAAGAAUCUCCUGGGAAAGACCAAAGAAAUCCCUCUUUGACUAAAAAACGCCCAGGUAAAGAGAAACCACUCAAGAAAGGUCCCGAAGGUUCCUCAGACCCAAAUGAACCCAACAAUGAGGAUAUCUAUGACCCAGGUGCAUCUGGAGAACAAGGCCCUAAACAUCCCUCCUCAAUGAAAUACCCCAAAAAUAAAAACAAACCACGUAAGGGAGCGCCCGGUGAUUUCUCAGAGCCAGAAGGACAGGAAGAUGAUAGUUUCUCUGACUCUGAUGGGCCCGGAUAUCCCUCAAACCCAGAGGCACCCAAAGAUGAGGAUUACCUUGAAUCUGAAGAAUCUCCUGAGAAAGACCAAAGAAAUCCCAGUUCGACUAAAAAACGCCCAGGUAAAGAGAAACCACUCAAGAAAGGUCCCGAAGGUUCCUCAGACCCAAAUGAACCCAACAAUGAGGAUAUCUAUGACCCAGGUGCAUCUGGAGAACAAGGCCCUAAACAUCCCUCCUCAAUGAAAUACCCCAAAAAUAAAAACAAACCACGUAAGGGAGCGCCCGGUGAUUUCUCAGAGCCAGAAGGACAGGAAGAUGAUAGUUUCCCUGACUCUGAUGGGCCCGGAUAUCCCUCAAACCCAGACGCACCCGAAGAUGAGGAUUACCUUGAAUCUGAAGAAUCUCCUGAGAAAGACCAAAGAAAUCCCAGUUCGACUAAAAAACGCCCAGGUAAAGAGAAACCACUCAAGAAAGGUCCCGAAGGUUCCUCAGACCCAAAUGAACCCAACAAUGAGGAUAUCUAUGACCCAGGUGCAUCUGGAGAACAAGGCCCUAAACAUCCCUCCUCAAUGAAAUACCCCAAAAAUAAAAACAAACCACGUAAGGGAGCGCCCGGUGAUUUCUCAGAGCCAGAAGGACAGGAAGAUGAUAAUUUCCCUGACUCUGAUGGGCCCGGAUAUCCCUCAAACCCAGAGGCACCCAAAGAUGAGGAUUACCUUGAAUCUGAAGAAUCUCCUGAGAAAGACCAAAGAAAUCCCAGUUCGACUAAAAAACGCCCAGGUAAAGAGAAACCACUCAAGAAAGGUCCCGAAGGUUCCUCAGACCCAAAUGAACCCAACAAUGAGGAUAUCUAUGACCCAGGUGCAUCUGGAGAACAAGGCCCUAAACAUCCCUCCUCAAUGAAAUACCCCAAAAAUAAAAACAAACCACGUAAGGGAGCGCCCGGUGAUUUCUCAGAGCCAGAAGGACAGGAAGAUGAUAGUUUCUCUGACUCUGAUGGGCCCGGAUAUCCCUCAAACCCAGAGGCACCCAAAGAUGAGGAUUACCUUGAAUCUGAAGAAUCUCCCGGGAAAGACCAAAGAAAUCCCUCUUUGACUAAAAAACGCCCAGGUAAAGAGAAACCACUCAAGAAAGGUCCCGAAGGUUCCUCAGACCCAAAUGAACCAAACAAUGAGGAUAUCUAUGACCCAGAGGCACCCAAAGAUGAGGAUUACCUUGAAUCUGAAGAAUCUCCUGAGAAAGACCAAAGAAAUCCCAGUUCGACUAAAAAACGCCCAGGUAAAGAGAAACCACUCAAGAAAGGUCCCGAAGGUUCCUCAGACCCAAAUGAACCCAACAAUGAGGAUAUCUAUUACCCAGACGCACCCAAAGAUGAGGAUUACCUUGAAUCUGAAGAAUCUCCUGGGAAAGACCAAAGAAAUCCCUCUUUGACUAAAAAACGCCCAGGUAAAGAGAAACCACUCAAGAAAGGUCCCGAAGGUUCCUCAGACCCAAAUGAACCCAACAAUGAGGAUAUCUAUGACCCAGAGGCACCCAAAGAUGAGGAUUACCUUGAAUCUGAAGAAUCUCCUGAGAAAGACCAAAGAAAUCCCAGUUCGACUAAAAAACGCCCAGGUAAAGAGAAACCACUCAAGAAAGGUCCCGAAGGUUCCUCAGACCCAAAUGAACCCAACAAUGAGGAUAUCUAUGACCCAGAGGCACCCAAAGAUGAGGAUUACCUUGAAUCUGAAGAUUCUCCUGGGAAAGACCAAAGAAAUCCCUCUUUGACUAAAAAACGCCCAGGUAAAGAGAAACCACUCAAGAAAGGUCCCGAAGGUUCCUCAGACCCAAAUGAACCCAACAAUGAGGAUAUCUAUGACCCAGAGGCACCCAAAGAUGAGGAUUACCUUGAAUCUGAAGAAUCUCCUGGGAAAGACCAAAGAAAUCCUUCUUUGACUAAAAAACGCCCAGGUAAAGAGAAACCACUCAAGAAAGGUCCCGAAGGUUCCUCAGACCCAAAUGAACCAAACAAUGAGGAUAUCUAUGACCCAGGUGCAUCUGGAGAGCAAGGCCCAAGACAUCCCUCCUCAAUGAAAUACCCCAAAAAUAAAAACAAACCACGUAAGGGAGCGCCCGGUGAUUUCUCAGAGCCAGAAGGACAGGAAGAGGAUAGUUUCCCUGACUCUGAUGGCCCCGGAUAUACCUCAAACCCAGACGCACCCAAAGAUGAGGAUUACGUUGAAAGGCCAACAGACCCCUCAUCACCUGAAGAACUGAAAGAUAAAGAUGAUUGGGACCCUCAAUCCAAAUAUCCCUCCCGAAGAUUUGUUCAGAAAAGACUAAGAGAUCACUCCUCUUCUGAACGACCAAGAGAUAAAGAUGACUGGGUCCAUGAAUCGGAAUAUUCCUUUAGAAGACCUGGUCAGAAAUUGCUAAGUGACCCCUCAUCCCCUGCAGGCCUGAAAGAUAAUGAUGACUGGAACCCUACAUCUAAAUAUCCCUUUGAAAGGUCUGGUCAGAAAGGACUAGGAGAUCCAUCAUCCCCUGAAAGUCCCAAAGAUAAAGAUGAAUUUGACCCUGAAGCUGAAUAUCCAUUUAGAAGACCUGGUCAGAAAGUACCAAGAUAUCACUCAUCCUUGAAAGGACCCAAAAUCCCUCAGUCCUAUGGGAAACCUGGGGAAGAUCCCCAAGGAGAUAUUGCUUUCCCCAAAGAAACAGGAAUAGGUGAAUUCAAAUUCCCCCUUCCCUCUGGUAAACCUGGGGAAGAUCCCCAAGGGGAUGUCUCUUUCCCCAAGGGAACAGGAAUAGGUGGUCUCAAAAUCCCUCAACUUGACCGUCUCUCUGGAAAACCUGAUGUAAAUGUUGAAGGUGAUAGCUCUUCUCCUAAGGGAACAGGAAUAGGUACUCUCAAAAUCCCUCAGUUUGGCCAUCUCUAUAGAAAACCUUAUGUAAAUGUUGACGGUGAUAGCUCUUCCCCCAAGGGAAAAGUAACAGGUGGUCUCCAAGCUGGCCAGAUCUCUGGAAAAGGAAGUCUAAAUGUACAAGGAGCUGCGUCUUCCCCUGAAGGAAGCGGAAAGAGAGGUUCCUUAUUAGGACAGUCUAUUAAUGCAGCUGGCGAGAUGAUGAAUGGUGUAGCAGGGAUGUUCUCUUCCCCCAAGGGAACUGGAACAGGUAGUCUCCAAGCUGGCCAGAUCUCUGGAAAAGGAAGUCUAAAUGGACAAGGAGCUGUGUCUUCCCCUGAAGGAAGCGGAAAGAGAGGUUCCUUACUAGGACAGUCUAUUAAUGCAGCUGGCGAGAUGAUGAAUGGUGUAGCAGGGAUGUUCUCUUCCCCCAAGGGAACUGGAACAGGUAGUCUCCAAGCUGGCCAGAUCUCUGGAAAAGGAAGUCUAAAUGGACAAGGAGCUGUGUCUUCCCCUGAAGGAAGCGGAAAGAGAGGUUCCUUACUAGGACAGUCUAUUAAUGCAGCUGGCGAGAUGAUGAAUGGUGUAGCAGGGAUGUUCUCUUCCCCCAAGGGAACUGGAACAGGUAGUCUCCAAGCUGGCCAGAUCUCUGGAAAAGGAAGUCUAAAUGGACAAGGAGCUGUGUCUUCCCCUGAAGGAAGCGGAAAGAGAGGUUCCUUACUAGGACAUUCUAUUAAUGCAGCUGGCGAGAUGAUGAAUGGUGUAGCAGGGAUGUUCUCUUCCCCCAAGGGAACUGGAACAGGUAGUCUCCAAGCUGGCCAGAUCUCUGGAAAAGGAAGUCUAAAUGGACAAGGAGCUGUGUCUUCCCCUGAAGGAAGCGGAAAGAGAGGUUCCUUACUAGGACAGUCUAUUAAUGCAGCUGGCGAGAUGAUGAAUGGUGUAGCAGGGAUGUUCUCUUCCCCCAAGGGAACUGGAACAGGUAGUCUCCAAGCUGGCCAGAUCUCUGGAAAAGGAAGUCUAAAUGGACAAGGAGCUGUGUCUUCCCCUGAAGGAAGCGGAAAGAGAGGUUCCUUACUAGGACAGUCUAUUAAUGCAGCUGGCGAGAUGAUGAAUGGUGUAGCAGGGAUGUUCUCUUCCCCCAAGGGAACUGGAACAGGUAGUCUCCAAGCUGGCCAGAUCUCUGGAAAAGGAAGUCUAAAUGGACAAGGAGCUGUGUCUUCCCCUGAAGGAAGCGGAAAGAGAGGUUCCUUACUAGGACAGUCUAUUAAUGCAGCUGGCGAGAUGAUGAAUGGUGUAGCAGGGAUGUUCUCUUCCCCCAAGGGAACUGGAACAGGUAGUCUCCAAGCUGGCCAGAUCUCUGGAAAAGGAAGUCUAAAUGGACAAGGAGCUGCGUCUUCCCCUGAAGGAAGCGGAAAGAGAGGUUCCUUACUAGGACAGUCUAUUAAUGCAGCUGGCGAGAUGAUGAAUGGUGUAGCAGGGAUGUUCUCUUCCCCCAAGGGAACUGGAACAGGUAGUCUCCAAGCUGGCCAGAUCUCUGGAAAAGGAAGUCUAAAUGGACAAGGAGCUGCGUCUUCCCCUGAAGGAAGCGGAAAGAGAGGUUCCUUACUAGGACAGUCUAUUAAUGCAGCUGGCGAGAUGAUGAAUGGUGUAGCAGGGAUGUUCUCUUCCCCCAAGGGAACUGGAACAGGUAGUCUCCAAGCUGGCCAGAUCUCUGGAAAAGGAAGUCUAAAUGGACAAGGAGCUGUGUCUUCCCCUGAAGGAAGCGGAAAGAGAGGUUCCUUACUAGGACAGUCUAUUAAUGCAGCUGGCGAGAUGAUGAAUGGUGUAGCAGGGAUGUUCUCUUCCCCCAAGGGAACUGGAACAGGUAGUCUCCAAGCUGGCCAGAUCUCUGGAAAAGGAAGUCUAAAUGGACAAGGAGCUGCGUCUUCCCCUGAAGGAAGCGGAAAGAGAGGUUCCUUACUAGGACAGUCUAUUAAUGCAGCUGGCGAGAUGAUGAAUGGUGUAGCAGGGAUGUUCUCUUCCCCCAAGGGAACUGGAACAGGUAGUCUCCAAGCUGGCCAGAUCUCUGGAAAAGGAAGUCUAAAUGGACAAGGAGCUGUGUCUUCCCCUGAAGGAAGCGGAAAGAGAGGUUCCUUACUAGGACAGUCUAUUAAUGCAGCUGGCGAGAUGAUGAAUGGUGUAGCAGGGAUGUUCUCUUCCCCCAAGGGAACUGGAACAGGUAGUCUCCAAGCUGGCCAGAUCUCUGGAAAAGGAAGUCUAAAUGGACAAGGAGCUGUGUCAUCCCCUGAAGGAAGCGGAAAGAGAGGUUCCUUACUAGGACAGGCUAUUAAUGCAGCUGGCGAGAUGAUGAAUGGUGUAGCAGGGAUGUUCUCUUCCCCCAAGGGAACUGGAACAGGUAGUCUCCAAGCUGGCCAGAUCUCUGGAAAAGGAAGUCUAAAUGGACAAGGAGCUGCGUCUUCCCCUGAAGGAAGCGGAAAGAGAGGUUCCUUACUAGGACAGUCUAUUAAUGCAGCUGGCGAGAUGAUGAAUGGUGUAGCAGGGAUGUUCUCUUCCCCCAAAGGAACUGGAACAGGUAGUCUCCAAGCUGGCCAGAUCUCUGGAAAAGGAAGUCUAAAUGGACAAGGAGCUGUGUCAUCCCCUGAAGGAAGCGGAAAGAGAGGUUCCUUACUAGGACAGUCUAUUAAUGCAGCUGGCGAGAUGAUGAAUGGUGUAGCAGGGAUGUUCUCUUCCCCCAAGGGAACUGGAACAGGUAGUCUCCAAGCAGGCCAGAUCUCUGGAAAAGGAAGUCUAAAUGGACAAGGAGCUGCGUCUUCCCCUGAAGGAAGCGGAAAGAGAGGUUCCUUACUAGGACAGUCUAUUAAUGCAGCUGGCGAGAUGAUGAAUGGUGUAGCAGGGAUGUUCUCUUCCCCCAAGGGAACUGGAACAGGUAGUCUCCAAGCUGGCCAGAUCUCUGGAAAAGGAAGUCUAAAUGGACAAGGAGCUGUGUCUUCCCCUGAAGGAAGCGGAAAGAGAGGUUCCUUACUAGGACAGUCUAUUAAUGCAGCUGGCGAGAUGAUGAAUGGUGUAGCAGGGAUGUUCUCUUCCCCCAAGGGAACUGGAACAGGUAGUCUCCAAGCUGGCCAGAUCUCUGGAAAAGGAAGUCUAAAUGGACAAGGAGCUGUGUCUUCCCCUGAAGGAAGCGGAAAGAGAGGUUCCUUACUAGGACAGUCUAUUAAUGCAGCUGGCGAGAUGAUGAAUGGUGUAGCAGGGAUGUUCUCUUCCCCCAAGGGAACUGGAACAGGUAGUCUCCAAGCUGGCCAGAUCUCUGGAAAAGGAAGUCUAAAUGGACAAGGAGCUGUGUCAUCCCCUGAAGGAAGCGGAAAGAGAGGUUCCUUACUAGGACAGUCUAUUAAUGCAGCUGGCGAGAUGAUGAAUGGUGUAGCAGGGAUGUUCUCUUCUGCAACAGGGGCAGGAAAGGGAAAUGGUUUGUUCUCUCAAUCCAGCUCUAGCUCAGGGACAAAUACGGGCAAAAUCUCAGGCAGCGUAUCUUCCAUGAGGGGCAGUCGACAAGGAAAGGCCUCAAGAGUCAGUCUCCCCAGUUUCUCACGUCGGAAGCUUCUUAGUUUGGAUCUAAAUCUCCAAAAAGGAGAAGCAGGCAUUUUGCCUGGUGCUUCCCCGAAUUCACCUGGGCUUCCUAAUGACCUUCUGGGCCCUGCAUCUUCUUCACCUGCGAGCGGCCAAGAAACUGCAAACCUCCCUCCUUCCGUCAUCGUCCGUGUCCAGAAGGGAACCAAUAACCAAGCUCUCGAGCAGCUCAAAUCAGAAGGCGGCAAGAUCCAAUUCAUCCCACUGGGACCUCCAGAAUCCUCCGGCGAUGCUCUCCUGUAACGAUAUGCAGACGCGCUGCACAUCCAAGAGAAGGCGUGAGCAGAAGAACCACGGCCACUUUGCCGGCAGGACUCUGAAUCAUGUCGAAUCGCUGCUGCUUUUUGCUUCUGACCCUGGAGCUCUUCCCCCUUCCUCCUCCACCUCCCCUUCAACCUGCAACUGAGACUAGAAAUGGCGUUUUUGGAUGCACAAUCCACCCCUGGACUCUUUCUAUCUAUCAUUGAAAGGCGGAACAGAAACGCUAUAAAUAAUUGCAGGAUCUGAUGGACAUGCUUCCCAACUGCGCUGCUGCUUUGAAUGCACAUGUCUGGCAAAAUUAAUAAAUCAUGCAUUGGAUAAAA